AUGUCCAAAUACCUGUUAUAUCAAUGGCUGUUAAUUGCAAUUGGAACAACAAUAAUUAGCGGAGAAGAUCUUCCUGGUCUAGAUUUUCUCGCAUCGGGAUUUGAUGCCUUGAAAAUGAUCUCAAACAAUGAAGAUGUGAAAUCAUCAGAUCGAUCAAGAUUUCGUUUAUUUGAUUUAACAACAGAUCGUGAUGGUUCUCCAUUCAAACUGAAUGCGAAUGAUGUUAAACAAACCUUUGAAACACCUUCAACUGUACAAGUUACAAAGAUAAAUAUGAGGAAUACGGUUAGUGUUGAAACGGUUUCCUACACUUAUCAAGAGUUUUUUCACAGUUAUUUUCGUUCGUAUUCGUUUGAUGUUGGUAUAUCUGUACCAACUGAAGCUGGUCCUGUUGGAGUUGGACUCAGUUAUCAUGAAACAUUGAGUAGAGCAUAUCAGAAGAUAACAAAAGAUCAUUCAGCUGUUGGCAUAUCAACGGAUUGGUGGGGAUUAUUUUCUGUUACGCUGGCACCAGCAUUUACUUUAACAUUCGAUCCCAUAUUUAAUCGUACAUUGUCGAAACUUCUUCCAAAUCCAACGACUGAAAAACAACAAGCGUUUUACAACUCAUUGGUUAUGUCUUUUGGUACACACUACAUAUCAUCAAUUGUUGUAGGGGGUGUCGUUGAAAUGUUUACACAGGUGGACAGUAAAUAUCAAGAAGAACAUAGUAGUUUAUCAAUUUCACAGAGUAUUGGUAUUAGUUUUCAAUUUCAACAAGCACAAAUAGGAUCUAGCGAAGACUUUGGCAGUACGACUAAUAUAAGUCUUACAAAUUUUCGUAAAAAUUCACAAUUAGAAGUUAAAUUCGUACCAGCCGUAAUCAAAACGCCGGCAACGGAACGCAUUCAGUAUGGUCUAUGGGUGAAUAAUACGGCAAAAACACCAGCAGUUAUCAACCGUACGCUGUCAUCCAUAACAGAUUUGUUAUAUGAUAUGGAUAUUCAAGUUCGACGACAUUUACAACUGACAAUUGAUUACUAUCUUGAAAAUGGAGAAGUGCCAACAGUUGAGAAAUUACAGGAGGCUAGUCGACGACGAAAACGACGAAGUAGUGAAGAUACAGAUUUGAUUCCAGGUAUGGAUGUUGUCGGAUGUGGUUAUGAUAUAUUUUCCUUGGAAACUAAAUCAUGUCUAUUCGAUUUAACAACAAAUGACAAUGAAACAUGGAUUGAUGUAUUUAAUGAUCGAAUAUCGUAUCAAGUACCAGAUGGCUACUUUGUUAGAGGUACUAAAGAUUUAUUAAUGAUGAGUGACACUCAGUUUUUCGAUUCAUACAAACAGUUCAUCACAGAAUCCUACUACUCCAGUCAGAACGAUGAUAUGGGAUUUUUUGCCUUUGGUGCAUCAAGCGAUAGUACGGAAAUCCGGACAAAAUACAGUCGUUUCUAUACCCAUAAAUAUCGCAUGGCAUGGCACAAACGACAAGUUAUUUGGUAUACACUAGCUGUAGCAUCCUUUCCAACGCCAAAGUUCAAUGCUAAGACACGUCUAACAUUCGAUCGAUUACCAACAACAUUCAAUUCAGAUAACUCAACAGAUAAUUAUAAUAAAUGGCAAUCAUUCUUCGAUUCGUAUGGUACACAUUUUGUUGUUCGUUCAGAUCUCGGUGGAAUGUUUUGGGCUGAAGAUUACUUCGAGUCAUGUUUGAUCAAGAAAAUGACUGAAACUUGGAUACGAAGAGAAAUCGAACGGAGGUACUGGUUCUUUGGCACCGAAAAAGAAAUAAAAGAAACGUACAAUAGGCAGGUCAGUGAAGAAUACAAACAAAAUUCCAUAUCAAAAUUUAAAAUUAUUGGUGGUCUAACAGCAAUCACUCCCCUCAAAACAAUUGACGAUUGGAUGCCAACAAUCAAAGAUCAACCAAGUCCUGUCAGCUAUCGCCUUCAACCAAUAUAUACCUUGCUACCGGUAGGAGCACAGCGUGAAGCACUGAUGGAGGCUACAUUCUAUUUUCGAUCUGCAAUGGUCAACAGUUCAAAUUUGUACAUUCAGCGACUUAAAUCAGAAACUAGUCCACCAGAAUUACCAAAAUUACAUUGCACCGAGAAGAAACGAAGAAGGAAACGACGAGCACUACAGAACCCAUUUCUCUCCGGUUUAGCAACAGCCCGUGCAAAGCUAUGCCCAAUUAUUGGUUUCAAAGGAAGAUUUUGCCCUGGUGGUAUUGAAGAGUCAAAUGAUAUCAGCAACCCAACAAAUUCCUCGAUAUCAUCGUCACCUCGAUAUCAUCGUCACCACGUACAAAAACUUCGCGCCAGUGAUAUUCUCCUGCCAGCAUUGGAAUUAACUGAGAGUACAACAGGCCCACAGUGGACUGAUCCCGAAUCAGGUCAGGUGUUCUAUACCCCUGAAGAAGUUAAAUUAGAUUUGCCGUCAUCGAUUGAUAACAGUGUGAGUGUAAGUAUAUUCAAUACAGAAAAUGAAUUAGUUGACGUUUGGCUACGUGGUUAUACAGCCGGCGGAUGGACUGGCGGUGAAUUUGCGCGUUCAAAAGAUAUAUCUGAUGUUUACAACCGUUUCUUUAAAGAUAAUCAAGCAACAUCGAUAUCACAGGAUCUGAAAGUGAUGUAUACUAUCACUAUAAAGGAAAAUUCACGAAAGUUGAAUCAAUAUGCUCAACAAGCCGUUAAUCAAUUGACUUCACCUUAUGAUUCAACAUUAUAUAAUAGUUUCCUAGAUGCAUGGGGAACUCAUAUCACCGUUUCAAAUAAAGUAGGUGGUAUGACAGAACAGCAAAUGCAGUUUAAAAACUGUAUUAUGAAUACAACGAUUUUUACAGAUGGUAUUACACGUUUCUCACUGGAAAGAAAUUUAAAAGAGGAAUUACUGUUCAGACGCCCAUGUCUCGAUGAAUACUAUUGGUUAAGACGCAAGAAAUUGAUCGAUCAUCGUAUAGGCGGGGAUAUCACACUAAUCAACAAUACGGCUGAGUGGCAAAAAACAAUUGUUCAUGCACCAGCUCUACUUUCGAUUGUCAAGUAUAUUCCAUGGGAUGAGCUGAUUGUAAAUGAAACGAUUAAGGCACAUUUACAAUAUGCCAUUAUGGCACGUGUCAAUGAAACGAAUAAACAACGUCAAUUGCAAGCCGCACAAAUACGAAAUGAACGCGCAAAUUUACAGUUAACAGGUAAAAUUGUUUACGCUUAUACAUUGAACAACGGAAUUACUUAUGUUCUGGGUAACGAUAUAACAAUGAAUGGAAGUCAACAAUGUCCAACUGGUAUUGAAUCUCAUGUACAAUUGGUUAAAUCGUGUGUGACAGGAACAACAAAGAUGGGAGCGUGUUCUAUAGCCGUGGAGAAAAAUAGUUUUGGUCAAGAUAGAAUUAAUAUCACAACCGCAGUUCCUCUCAUUUAUGAACGUAAUAGCACAACUGGUAGUUUUCGCCUGAUAGCACGACGUCAGUAUGGUGAAUUCUUAAAUAGAAGCGAGGCUGAACCGAAUCGCAUCCAGUUUAAAAAUUAUGAUGUCGAAGGCAAUUGGGUGCAAAUCGGGUGUUCAGCAAUUGAUAAUAAUUGUAUCCAAACAUACAUACCCACCACAACAUCUACCCAACCGCCUGCUGGAGUUACUGUACAGGCCUACACGGCGCAAUAUCAGUCGCCACCUGGCUUUACUCCUACAGUUGCAAAUAUGAUAACAUCAUACUUAUGUUCCGGCUGUGAUGUAUUAUGUGCAUCACAAACAAGUUGCAAUUGCUACUGCUUGCCUUACGAACAAGAUCCAGAAGCCGAGCCUUUCUUCCCAUAUUGUUAA